AUGGAGAGCCCCACACCCCUUCCGGUUGCAGCGGGAUCCCCUUCCAGCAUGGCAGACGCUGCGAGCGGUGAGCGCUGUGUCCAGAGUUCAGAUGAACCUCGGAGGGAGGAGGAUACAGGGGGCGAUGCCGCAAACUCGGGUGGCGUCGACGUCUCGAUGCGUGAACCCUCUCUGCAGCAGGCCAACGGGCAGUCGCAGCGGGAGUGGGAGAUGUUCGGGCCUCCACCGCCGCCCGACGAUGACGGCGACCUGGGUUGGGAGCUGGAGGACGAGUUCAAGGAUAAGUGCGUGAUCACAAUAUAUCCUCCGAGGAAGUCAGAGCAGGGUGUUCGAGAGCCAGCGGGCGAUUUGAUUGAAGAGCCUCCAAGAGGUCGGCAAUCGGAGACCGACAUGCAAGAACAAGCAGAGGUGGACCGCAACAGUGCAGAGGGAGAGUCUGGGCGGUUCGUUUCAAGCAACAACGAAGCUGCAGAGGAGGCUCCGCGCGGCGUUGUGGAAGAGGUAGAAGCGAGCCAUGCAACAGGGGGGAGCCGGGCCUCGUCUUUUGAAGCGGAGACGAGCGCCAACGCUUUCCGUGAUUCAGCCCCACUCACCACCAUGAUGGCGGCGGAUCGGUUGAGGGAGCUUGGAUACCCCGCCUUCUCAGUCGACAUCACGUGGGAUCGUGAGAAGGGCAAGAAGAGUUUCAAGUUUCCCACCAGCUGGCAGACCUCCACGCUCGCCAACGGCAUCGUGCGCCAGAACCACAACUGCCUGGCCAUCAACACCAACACCUGCGACCUUCUCGGGGUGGACAUCGACACCCACGAUGGUGGAAUGGCGGCGUGGGAGGCGCUUCAGAACGCACACGGCCCCGUCACCGCGCCCUCCGUGCGGACCGGCAGCGGGGGGGUCCAUCUAUACUUCUCCCACAACAAGAGCCUGGCAGCCGGCCUUUCUGCGAGCAUCCCGACCACCUUCUCAAAACUCUACGUGGAUUCAGGCGAUGGUGCAGUCUCCAAGGUGGGAAUUGACCUGAGAGGGAAGGGCCUGGCCUCUUGCUUGAUCGCCCCCGGUAGCAGCUAUGUGGACGGGACCGGUGCGAGGGUGGGGUACGAGGUGAUCGGCGAGUCGGAGCUCCCCCCAAUAACGGACCGGGGGCCCCUUCCCGGCUGA